AUGCCGACGACAACAACAACGAUGCCGACAACAACAAUUAUUUUGACGACAACAACAACUAUGCCGACGACAACAACAACUAUGCCGACGACAACAUAUAUUCCUACGACAACAACACCUAUGCUUAAGACAACAACUAUGCCAACAACAACAAUAGUCAAGAAGACAACAACAAGACAGUUCCCUACCACAUCUCUUGGUACAAAAAGAAGCUCUAAAGUUGACAACAUCGCCGAUGAACUGGUCAGCAGACAAAAUGGCGACAGUGGCGGUCGAUCAGUGAUAUACAUUGCCAUUGGGGCUGGUAGCUGUGGAGUAUUGGUCCUUGUAGCCGCCAUCCUAGCACUUGUACUAAGGCGACGUCAACGCCAGUUAGUUGCUGAAACAGAUGCAAAAACUACCAACAGCCGGGAGAAUCCGAUAUACGAUAUAAUGCACGGAGAAGGAACGAUAUCUGAAAACAGCUUUGUAUAA